AUGGACUCAAAUAUCGGUUUGACAGCAGCUAACAUGCUUGAAGAGAUGAUGGAAAUUACUGGUCAAAACCUGGUUAGGAUGGAAGUUGAAGAUCAUUACAAAUUCAUCAAACAACUUGGAAGAGGAAAAUAUGGCCAAGUAACCUUGGUUAUCCACCGUCAAAGAGGAACACCAAUGGCUUUAAAGCUUCUUACAAAAACUUUAACCAAGAGGCAGAAUUUCCUGUAUGAAUACUGUGUGGCUCUAUCCCUAUCUACUCACCCACAUAUUAUUGGCAUGUUCGGAAUCGCAUUUGAAUCUUCUGAGCACUAUGGUUUCCUGUAUGAAGCUGCGCUGCAAAAAGAUCUAAUUUCCAUUAUAAAGCCAAGUGAAGGAGUACCAGAACCAAUUGCCAAGAAGGUCACCAGUCAACUAGUGAGCGCCCUUGAAUUCAUCCACAGCAGAGGCCUGGUUUAUCGAGAUGUAAAACCUGAAAAUGUGCUUCUCUUCGGUAGAGAUUGUCAAAGAAUCAAACUUACUGAUUUUGGACUGACUCGUCCCAAAGGCACCUUGCUUAAACUUGUGUCUGGUAUCAUUCCUUACACGGCACCAGAAUUAAGCAACUCUCAGAAUGGAGAGGCAGUUGCCAUUGAUUUCACUCUAGAUACAUGGGCCUUUGGAGUUCUUCUCUUUUGUUUGAUGACAGGAUAUUUCCCUUGGGAAAAAACACUGCCAUCUGAUCCGUUUUUUGAAGAUUUUAUAUUGUGGCAGCAAACUGGCAGUCAUGAAGAGCUAUCUUGGCAUUGGAGAAAACUUACAUUUGAGGCCAUGGAUAUGCUCAGGCAGUUAAUGGCACUGAACCCUUCUGAAAGAAGUUCAGUGAAUAGAGCUUUACGAUAUCUAAACUAUCCAUGGAUCGUGGAUAAUUGGAAAUCAUUGCAAGAAUUAAAAUAA